AUGGCUUUCUCGCACUCCCCAUUGGUUCCUUUCUCAGGAUUUGUUCGUGCUGUCAAACUUCAGCCCCUCGUAAAUACGGCCGUGCGGAUACUCAACUUCUCACAACCACUCGACGUCAGGCUCCUUGACCAGGUGGUACAGGCCAUGUACACCUCCAGUGGAACUGAGCAGCAACUCGCGGAGAAGAUAUUGAGGGCAUUUAAGGAGCACCCAGAUGCCUGGACGCGUGUGGACUGCAUUAUUAAGUUGAGUUCCUCUCAACACACCAGGUACUUUGCGCUUGAAAUUCUAGAGGCUCUGAUAAAGGCUCGGUGGAAGGUGCUGCCGAGACCUCAAUGCGAGGCUAUCAAGAAGUACAUCAUCGAUCUGAUCACUCAGAUAUCCUCAAAGCCCGAACGAGUGACAAAUGAGAAGGCAUGCCUCACUAAACUCAACCUGAUCUUGGUUGAAAUCUUGACAGUUGAUUGGCCCGCGAAGUGGCCCAACGUCAUUGCGGAUAUUGUGGGUUCUGGCAAAACUAAUAAAUCACUCUUUCACAACAAAAUGAUCAUUUUGCGGAUGCUGAGCGAGGAGGUGCUUGACUUGCCAUCGGGACAAAUGACUCAGAAUAAAGCCGAGCACCUUAAAGACUCGAUGUGUCAGGACUUUGGGAUGAUAUGCCAGAUGUGCCAGUCAGUGCUCGAGAAUUCAACAAACGUCUCACUAAUUGCCGUCACGUUAGAAACACUUCUUCGAUUCUUGCACUGGAUCCCACUGGGAAGCAUCUUCGAGACUAACUUGAUCGAAAGCCUUCUGCGCACUAUCCUCCUCUCCCGAAUGGCUCGGCCUGAAGAAGUUCUAGGCACUGCAGGCAUGAUCCUGAUGAAGUUGUAUCGUGUGGUCUGCGGUGGAGAAUGGUCUGUGGCGGAAAUGAAUUCGCUGUGCUGGGCCAUUGGCAGUGUGUCGGGUGCUGUGCUCAAAGAAGACGCCCGAAACAUCCUCCGUAUUGUGCUCUUGAAGAUCCUGAAGCUGUAUGAGCACAAUCGGUGUGCGGUCAUUGGCAGUGUGUCGGGUGCUGUGCUCAAAGAAGACGCCCGAAACAUCCUCCGUAUUGUGCUCUUGAAGAUCCUGAAGCCGUAUGAGCACAAUCGGUGUGCGGAUCUGCCGGUAGCUUUAGCCAGCAACACGAUGUACGUCCUUGGCCAGUACUGCCGGUGUCUGCGAGCAGAAUCAGACAAUUUCAAGCUUGUUAUCAAGAUAAAUUGUCAGCAGCAAUUCCUCACACCACAGGCGCUUUACAGUAAAGUCGACACCGCCCGUGCAAGACACACCGUCGACGAGGAGCGUGGAACUAGUCUGACAUACGUCGCCAGUUACUACCGACGGAGUCCUCCCAUCGCACGCGAUCCCGAGGUACUCAUCACCAUGACGACAAUCGUUAAACGGCUAGGCGAAGACGACCUUACCUCUCUACCUCGCAUCCUUGAUCCCGUCUUCCACUGCGCUCUGCAGAUGAUUAGCAAGGACCUGGAAGAGUAUCCAGAACAACGCACUAAUUUCUUCGCACUCCUACAAGCCGUCAACGCCAGCUGUUUCACUGCUUCGCUUGCCCUAAAUACGGAUCAAUUUAAGCUCCUUCUCGAAAGCCUGAUCUGGGCCAUUAGACACACCACGAGACAGGUGUCCGAAACCGGACUUGGCAUCCUGCACACCACGCUCGAGAAUAUGGCCAAGACGACUUCGGACAAUCAGCAGCUCUUCUUCCACAACUUUUACGUGGACAUCAGGCAGCAUGUGUUUGGCGUUGUCACCAACAGAUGCCAAACUGGCAAAUUCACUAUGGAGGCAUCCUUGUUGGCUUGCAUGUUGCGGAUGGUUGAGGAGGGGGUGAUAACCGUGGCGCUGGGAGGCGACAAUCCCUACGUUUCCGUUCCCGCCGAAGGCCUCUUCGCUCUCGACACUGAUGCAGCGGCCUUCUGA